GUACCUUUAGUCGAACCACUGCGCAGGUAUACUUCUUGAACCAUCUUUGCCGCCCAUCUCCAUUCCCUCCAUUCCUACACGAAUGAUUUUCCAUGUUCACUUCGGUACACGAUUGUUUCUAGUAGCUUCUACUUUCACGUUCGAACUCGGCGCGCGCGAAAUCGCGUGGAACCCCGUUAAGCAAACAUUAUUUCUCAAUCGCGAUCAUAUUUCUCACAUUUUCCGUUACUUUCACUUUAAUUUUCCGUUACAGUUUAAUGUUAAUGGCCGACUAAUAUCGAAGUUUCUAGCAAUUCGUUAAAAUUCGGAUCGUUAUUUCGAUAAUCGAACUUCCAAUUUAUCGUUUAGUACUAGAAGUCUCCGCCAGUAGUCGGCGCUGAUUGAUGCUCAUUUCUCGCUCAAAUUUGUUUCCCGCUCAAACAUGGCGUUUCGUGAUGUACGAAUUCGAGCUGUGCUUCGGUCCUUUUGGCUAGUGAUGGCAUUUACCGACGCUUUUUAAGUUUAUUGUACGUAGUUUUGUACCGUGGUUCUCGUUGUGGCCCGUGUCCAUCGUUUCGUGAAGUAGACGACAACAGACAAGUAGAGGAGAAAGAGCAACUUUUCACCCGUCCGCUGGUCACGUAAGCCGAGAAUGGUUUCAGGGUUACCGAUACGAGACGCGGGGAAAAAAUCUGUUCGAAGGAAGGCGGAUUUCGUCGUGGAAGGCAAUUGGGAUCGGUACCACCACCACCGUAGACGCUCGGUGAACCACCACCAUGGGGCCCUGGUCGCGCCACCACCACCGAGCGCUACCAGCCACCACUACCACCGACCCCCAGCCAGAACCACCCCCACCAUCAUCGUCGAAUCGGUUCUGGAGAUCGCGGGCUAGCGAGAAUGGUGGUGGCCACGCGGUACGCCGAGCAACGCUCCCCUUCUUCUUUGUUGCUGGUUUGCUAGAAAGCAUAUGUUUUGCGACGUCGAUGGAGCUCUCGCGGCUUUGAUCGUCGCCCAACAUCGAAGCCUUCGCUGCCCUGCUUCUCUUCUCGCCUGGCUUUCCUGCAACCCCUGCUGGAUUUCCAACGAAUUCACCAGCGUGCCAACAGCCCCGCAGCCAGUUGCUGUCCAUGCUCGGUAGAAACGCGAUCCACGAAGGAACGAAAGGAAAUCGUCGUAGCGAGGAUCACACGUACGCGUCCGUAGUCAGCUCGAUCGCGCGACUAGGCCCUCGCACGGUUUUAGUUGUUUACCAUCGCGAUUUCACUCGCAUGUGCGCGUAUACUGCGACGUUCGACUAGCCACCCCGAAGGAGAUUUUUCAACGUACCGUCCACGCGUGAAUCGUUUCGCGGACCGAACAGGAUCCACACAGGGAGACGAAGAUGAUCGUCGCGAGCAGCGUGGUGCUCCUGCUGGCCGCCGCCUCCACAGUGGAAUGCCAACGAACCAUCCCCAGGAGCGCCAGGGCGAGCAGAAACGAAGCAGCCUUGGAGUUCGAGUGCCCCGAAGAGUUCGGAUACUACCCUCACCCACGUGACUGCACGCAGUACUAUGUUUGCGUUUUCGGGGGAGCCCUGCUCGAGUCCUGCACCGGAGGGUUGAUGUACAGCCACGAGUUGCAGACGUGCGAUUGGCCGCGCAACGUGGGCUGCCCCGAGGGCGGAUCCUCCAAUAAGGAAACCGAAGAAGAUCCGCUGCUGGAAAGAUCUGCGAAGAUCGAGAGCCUGCAGGAGCAGCAACAGCAACAGCAGCAACAGCAUCACCAUCAUCGACAGCAACAGAUCCGCGACCAGCAGCAGCAGCAGAGACGCGAGCAACAGCAGCAACAGCAACAGCAGCAGCGUCCCAUUCAGAGGCAACCGGUUCCCAUCACGACCACACAGUCCCCUCUGCCGCAGAUCACCGAAAAGCAGAUUCGUCAGAGACAACAGGCCAGGAACUAUCACGAGGACGAGUACGAGCCCGCGUCCGAAGUCGAGAGCGACAGGCAGCAACGAGUCUACAGGGGGCAACCCUCGACGAUUGGUCAGGUGCAGCGAGACAGGGAUGGUCUGCGAAGAAACGUGAUUGCUGAAAGGGAGAAGGAGAGCCUGAGCACGCGCGCCCAAACGGAAGCCCAUUACAGGACGCAAGUGCCUUCGUCGGAAUCACCGAGAGUGGCGAAGAUUCUGGCGUCUACCGCCUCCCCAGUGAUCUCGAAGGCGUAUUACAGCGAUCCAGACCAGAGCUACCCCUAUUACACGAUCUACGACGACGACGUAUCCAUCUACAAGGACGAUGAUUACAACCAGUACACCGUGAAUCAAUCGGUGCCGGUUCAGCCGAGCGUCAAGAUCAGCGAGGUGAACACGAAGCAGUACCAGAAGCCGAAGAAGAUUGCGGUGAACGAGGCGGACAAGUACAAUCUGAAUCAGGACGUCACGGGCCAGGACUACGAUAUCUACGAGAAUCAGGCUCAACUCAACAAGAACAAGUUCCGCAUUAACGAGGGCCAGUCGUUCAGAUCUAACGUGCUCAGCCACCCUGUCGUCCACGUGACGACUCCUAACGCGAUCGUGGACACGUUCAUUCCAUUGACGACGACCACGCAGCCUCCGACCACCACUGGCAGGCCUUACACGGUCAACGCACCCAGUCGAGGUCGCCCACAGCAGGUCCACCGUGGCACGGCACCACCGCGAUCGAGGCCAACCUUGAAGCCGUCCACGGAGAUAGUGUCCAAGGCGCAGGAGUUCAUCGACAUCUACAGGUACCCGCCGACGAGGCCGUCGCCCAUCUAUCCCACCCCACAGGUCGACAAACCCGCGGCAAAGUGUCGCAGAGACAUCUGCCUGAUUCCUGACUGCAGCUGCGGCGGCUCCGACAUUCCAGGUGACUAUCUGCCCGAGGAGAUACCGCAGAUCGUGCUCCUGACGUUCGACGAUUCCGUGAACGACCUGAACAAGGGUCUCUACGCUGACCUAUUCGAGAAGGGACGGAAAAAUCCGAACGGCUGUCCCAUCUCUGCGACGUUCUACGUGUCCCACGAGUGGACAGACUACAGCCAGGUCCAAAAUCUCUAUGCCGCCGGCCAUGAGAUUGCCUCCCACACGGUUUCGCACAGCUUCGGUGAGCAGUUCUCUCAGCGAAAGUGGUCGCGUGAAGUUGCUGGACAACGCGAGAUCCUCUCUGCCUAUGGAGGUGUCAAGCUGGAGGACGUCAGAGGAAUGAGGGCUCCUUUCCUAUCGGUCGGAGGUAACAACAUGUUCAAGAUGCUGUGGGACACGAACUUCACCUACGACUCGUCGAUGCCGAUCUACGAGAAUCGACCCCCUAGCUGGCCGUACACCCUGGACUACAGGCUCUUCCACGACUGCAUGAUCCCUCCUUGUCCCACCAGGUCUUAUCCAGGCUUGUGGGAGGUUCCUAUGGUGAUGUGGCAAGAUCUGAACGGUGGCAGAUGCUCCAUGGGCGACGCCUGCAGCAAUCCCCCAACGGCAGAUGGUGUUUACAAGAUGCUGAUCAAGAACUUCGAGAGACACUACACCACCAACAGAGCACCAUUUGGGCUGUUCUACCACGCUGCCUGGUUCACCCAGCCUCAUCACAAGGAAGGUUUUAUUUCCUUCCUCGACACCAUCGUCGCGAUGGACGACGUCUGGAUCGUGACGAACUGGCAGGCGAUACAAUGGGUCAGGAAUCCCACGCCAUUGCCGCUGAUGCACACAUUCGAACCUUUUGGAUGCAACUACCCGGAUCGGCCGAAGAAGUGCAACAACCCAAAGGUCUGUAAUCUCUGGCACAAGAGCGGCGUGAGAUACAUGAAGACUUGUCAGGCGUGUCCAGACAUCUACCCGUGGACGGGCAAGACGGGUAUACGAAGCAGUCGCAUCGACAACGACGUCGACGGGCACGAAUGAACCGUCGUUGUUCCGUGCGAUCGAGGACCAGCCAACCGAAAAGAGUUAAGCGCCACCGGUGGGGACGAAACGAGUUUUUACACCUAACCAUUCGAUCAAAAAUUACGUCACCAAUUUCUCUCCGCCGACCGUGUCCGAUGAAUACGUUCAUUUCUGGCCGAGUACGCCAAUGAAACAUCGACUCGAACAUCUAAACUUUCUCUUUUCCCGCGACUGGACCAGGACGAGCAGAAUUCACGUCUGGUUAGAAAUCUCGAAUAACGAAUAAAAGACGCGCAAAGAUUUUUUUUAUCCGUUACUCGUUGAGCGAGUAGAGAGUAGAAUUUGUAUUAUAGAAUGAUAUUUUAUUACGAGAAAACUAAAAUUCAAGUGUUCAAUGGUGGAUGAACAUUGCAAAAAAAAAAAUGUAUUAUAGUUUUUUUAUCUAAAUAGAAUGUUGCUUCUUCGAAUGAAAGAAAAGAGUCGCGGCGAAACUAACGUCUACUUGCUGCGAGAUUUCCUGUCAGCUCUCAACGCGUCCGUUUGGAUGCUUUAGCUUAAAGUAUUAGAUACUACCUAAUCAAAAUGUUUUAUAUAACGACAUUCGAAUACAGAAAAUUUCGUCUAACCAUAGCUGUAACCGUGUUCUCGUCUACGAUCUACACCAACAUAUACAUAUAAAGGCAUGUGUUUAAGAGUGAUAGGAAAUCCGUCGACGAAUAAGGACGAGUUGCUCGCCACGAAGGGAACACGACGUUUGUCGGUAAACGGAAGAUAAAUGCGCGUCGUCGCCGUCAGUGGGCGUAUAUUAUAUUAAUAUACGUCGAUAGCUAAUGGUAACGACCUUGUAGAUUAGGUCACUUAACCCAUUUGCCAAGCAAGAUUUCGAUAUCUUUCCACUCGUGCAUGCCCGCGACACUCUAGCCUUAUGCUCGACGUAUAAUCAAAUUACUCUUUCUGUAUUUUAUCGCGUUGUCCCUCGAGCCUUACAACUGCAGUCCUACUUUCCCUUCAUUGUCUUGUCCUUGUUCGCUGAUCCCCGUUUUGUUAGCCUCGAAGCAAUCGAGCGUCCUUGGCGUACUCGGCCGAAUCCUUUAGAUCAAUUAACUACAAAGUGCAAUUCCGUAAUCGUCGGACGCGCGAAAGUAACUGGAACUAUCGGUCGCGAGAGGUUUCCUAAAAAAAAAAUAAUACGGAGAUGUAACUCGACGAGUUUGAUAAGAUCUCCGAGGUAGUCGCUCGAGCAUCGACGAAUAGGUGGCGAACAUGGGACUGUGGUAAGAUUCUGUCAGAGGUCCAACCAAGCCGGGAGAUCUUAUUCGACUCGUCGAGCUGUACAGCUAGCGAGGGGGUCGCCUUGCGGACGAGAGGAACGAACCUAGAGAACGUGCACGUUCGCUUUAACGAAUUGUCGUGCAUACGAGGGGAUCGUCGUGUAUACCUUUUAGAACCUGGAACUGUAACACGCCUUUAAUCAAUAAAUAUUUCGCUAAAAUUCCUA